AUGAGCGCUAUGCGUUCGCCGCUCGCCCUCCUGGGGCUUCUGCUGCUCGGUCUCAUUUUCUCCGUCUCGGCCAGCCCGCUGCCCACCAUCACCAUCGAUGGCCUGAAGGCGACCCAGGUUUCGGCCAACGACCUGUGCACUUUUGCGCUGGAAGAUGGCCGCAAGAUCGAUCUGAAUCCCCUCGCCAGCAAGAACUACCUUCUCCCGGCAGGCGCAGGCAACAUGUACUACCUCAACCCAUGCAAUUUCCUGAACAAGGCUCCGCUGGAGAUCCCGGAGAACGAUCCCGCAUGCCCGGCGUCCUCUGCCUACGCCUGUGAGCUGGACGCCCGCAAGGCCCCUCUCAACACCCUGUCUACCGUCCACAAUGGUGUGACCCCAAACCCUGCCGUGGAGGGCCAGUCCAACCUCAAGCAGUCUGGCGGUACCGCCUGCCGGAACAACGUCAUCCGUAGCCUGAACAUCGCUUUCACUUGCGCCUCAACCGAUCACAAGUUCAACGAGAAGCGUGGCCUCGAGGCCAUUCCCAACUAUGAGUUCUGGUGCGAGCUCCCCUCCUACCUGGUGGACGGUUGCCGCUUCACCUACCAGAAGACCAUGGGCCUCUUCGGCCGCGAAUAA